CUUCAGGUCUGGUUGUUGGAAUUCCAAGCUUCUUCAAUCGUGCGAUACCAUCCAUGACUGCACCCUGUGCUUGUCUAUGAAACAUUGUCUCUCUGCGAAAAUCAUUCAGAACAGGAUCCUCUGCUGGAUCAUACUGAGUUUCCAGCAUUUCUUAAGAAGCACUACUGAUAGAAUAAAACUAUCGCAUUUUAUCAGCUGUACAAAUAAUAAAUUCAAGUAUCUUAUCUCUGGAUCUACGACAAAAAGAAAAUGGGAAGAAGCUGGUUAACGACAGCGAAACAUCAUGACGGAUAGUGAUAAGAAACCGAUGUCACGCUUACUGAAGCUCGCUAAUAAAUUUAAUUGCUUCUACCUGUCGGGUUUCCAUGCAGGUGAAUGCAGGGCUUUUGUUGUUGAUGGACAACAAGUUGGUCUUGUACGUCCAGAUGUUAUGAAAGAAUUGUUAAAUCAUCCUCAGGUAUUUCAAGUACACCCUGAAUAUGUGCAACUAAAUCCUGCAUUUCGAGAUUAUUCAGAGAGAAGUGCUCGGGUUGAGGAAGUAUUAAGAGAAUGGCGCGCAGGUGAGAAAUUUGUAACAUUAAGGGGAUGGAGGGAAGAAUGUUACGAAGUACGUGCACAGUUCAACACUCCACCAUUAUUUAAAAUGGAUCGAUCAGCCACAUGCUUAUUUGGAAUUCGAAAAUAUGGUGUAGAUAUUAAUGGAUAUGUUAUGGAUCCUGUCAAAGGAUUAUCAAUAUGGUUACAAAAACGUAGUCCAAAUAAGCAAACUUGGCCCGGAUACUGGGAUAAUAUGGUGAGCGGUGGGUUAAGUGUCGGUUAUGGAAUUAAUGAAACUGCUAUAAAAGAGGCUGGAGAAGAAGCCAGUAUUCCAAAUAAUCUAAUUGCUAAACUAAAAAGUGCUGGUUGUGUAUCACUCUUCUUUGAAAGUGAACGGGGCUUAUUUCCCAAUACUGAAUUUGUAUACGACCUUGAACUACCGCCAGAUUUUGUACCGAGUAACAAUGACGGAGAAGUAGAGACUUUUGAAUUGCUUCCAGUUAACGAAUGCUUAGAAAGGAUAUUAUCUUCACAUUUUAAAACAACAUCUGUACCAGUUGCUCUUGACUUUUUAAUUAGACACGGAUAUAUCACAGCCGAAAAUGAGCCUAAUUUUAUAGAAAUCGUGGAAUUGCUUCAUGUACCUCUGCAAACGAUGUACAAUCAAUCGCAGAAGAAAUGUAAAAUAUCUUCAAACGGCGAAGCGAUUGAAUCUUUAGAGAGAAUUUAAGUUUGACUAGUCUUUAACUUAAAUCGUGUUGGAAUUAACUGAAUUGAACGGGGUUGAAUUUCUUUCAUAGUUUUCUCAUAUUUAGUCAAUUCUUCGCAGAUUUGAUAGUAAAAUGGUGCAAUUUUAUACUUGUAAGACUUGUAAGAUAAAUUACUAAAUAAUAGUUCAAGUAUUUCAUGAAACAUUCUCAACUUUCUUACGAAAUUUCUUAUUUCAUAUACGAAAAUACGUAAUUACAAUAACUAUAAUUAACAUCUUUUAUUUUGUUACAAUUCAGGUAGUUUUGAUGUAACGAUGAAAGUAUUCGGUAGAUACGAUUUUCGAAUAUCUAAUGCAGCAAGAAUGUUUCAGAAAACGAGCAUAGUUAUCGUUUGCUUAAGAACAAUUUUACAAAAAGUGAUGUACACUUUAAUUUGCGGACCCUAAGGAAUUAAUUGAUUGUAAAAUUCACAUAUAACAUGUAAAAAUAAUGAUGUAUUCUUUAGGUAAUUUUAAACGAAUUCAAUUUAUACACAUAACGUUUGAACGUUUUUAAAUUUCUAUUGUAUCUUCCUUUUUUUGAUUACUACGAAAACGUUGAACUGAAUUUUGCACAAUAAUCUAAUGAAGUUCUUGCCGAUUGUACGAGCGUAUCCAAGUGGAACGACUUUUGAUAUACAUCGAUGUCAAAUUAGAAGUAUUAUUAAUACAGCAUUCCAGAGUAUAGAUUUACUACUAAGAUUUCAGUUUUAAGCGAUGAGAAAAAAAUAAUAAUAAUAAUAACAAUAGUUUUUUCUAACGUUUGUACUAAACUUGUACACUUAACAAUGGAGUGCAUAGUACCACGGCAGUAAUAUCCUAAUAUUCUGCGUAGGAUUAAGGUGAAAAAAAAAAAAAAAAAAAAA